UGUUAAAAAAAAAUUUUCUAACCUUAUUUUUAUAAUAAAUUAAAUUUAAUACAAAAUAUCUUUAAAAAAAGUUAUAGUGAGAAUACCUUCAAACUUCAAAUGUAAGAGCAAAACUCCGUGCUAACAUGCACGAAUCUUUGUCAGAGUUUUCAAAGCUAAUCAAUAGAAACAGUAAAACAAAAAUAAAUAAAUGCUAUGAUUUAGAAUCAGAUAGAGUUAGAAUAAACUAACAACUCGCUUAAAUCUAUUAUUUAGAGAUAUAACUAAGAUUUAGUUGAUUAUUUCAAUUAAAAUUAAAAUUUAAUAUAACAGAAAUAAGAUUUAGAACAACAAAAUGAGGCACUUAAGAAGCAAAUUUUUAAUAAAAAUUGUUAAAAUAAAUCAACUUAAACAGAUUUAAUCAGCAAAGAAAUUGAAACUCAAACAGAACGAAGAGAAUUUUAACAAGAUUUUGAUUCUCAGUAAAAAUAAAAUUAAUAGGGUAGAAUCCCGAAAAAUGAGGAAAGAUUUAUUGAAAAUUAGAAUCCAAAAAGAAAAACUUGGAGAGAAUGUGAAAAAUACUAACAUAGCAUUAGUUCACAAAAAGAUUAAGAAUAAAUGUAUUCAAAAAGCAUUGACUGUGAAUACUUUGAAAGCAAAAAACACCUAGAAAAAAUGCUGAAGAAGUUGACUGAAAAAAUAUAAUUUUUAUCAGACACAAUAAACGAGUCUUAAGCAGCCUUUUAAAAUUAAUAAAUAAUAUCGUGUCUGCAAGAAAUCUAAGCAAUUGUUGAUUACCUUAAAAUUUUAAUUAAUGAUCAAAUGGCAGAAAUAAAAAAGUUCGCAGAUUAAGUAAAUAGCUAGGUACUUGAAAUUAUAGAAGAAGCAAAUAAAUUAUAAAACAUAUCUCAAAAAAAAUAAAAUUAAGAAGAGAGUUUUAAAUUUAUUUCCUACACAGAGUUUACUUAGAACUCUAACUUAAGUCAUCACUUUAAUAAUGAAGAAUCUAAUUUGAACAAAAGCAGUGAAUAUUUAGGAGAUCCAAAUUGCACAAUAAUAAAUACGUCUAGAAAUACAGAAAACCUUUUUUAAGACUCAGAAAUUUUCAACAAUUAAGACCAAUUUACAAAUAUCUAAGAAAUUGAAAGCAACUUAAAACAAAACAAUUUUUUAGAUAAAAACUUAAAUUAUUAAAAUUAGUUUAAUCCUUAAUUCUAAUCUAAGCAAGACUGUUUUAGUGUAAAAAAGAAUGAAGAAAAUUCACUCAACAAAAAUUACAACACAAAUUUUGUUGAAGAUUCAAAAUUAUAAGAGAAAUCAUUAACAGAAUUAGAGUAAUAAUAAGAAGAGUAAUAAAAGUAAAUGAAUAUUGAAUAUGAUUAUGAUUCAAAAUUAAAUGAAAAUAUUCAAUGCAGCUAAAUUUUUAACAGUCAACAUAAGCUGAACUAAACAGGAUCUUUUCUAGAAACAAAUAACUUAAAUGAAAGCAAUGAUUAAAUAAGCUAAUAUGAAAACUUACUUGAAACUUUAGGAGAUGAAGAAUUUGAUCUAGAAUAGUAGAUAAAUAACAAAUAAAAUACUGUUUAUAAUCAAUAUAAAAAGAAACCUGACAGCAAAUCUAAGGCUCAAAUAUUUAAUAGAAUUUUAACAUUUUCAUUUGGAAACAAUCCAACCUCUUUGUGCAUAAAUAAUAGCCAAAUUCCAAUAUAAAAAUAAUCUCAUAUGUCAAAUUAAUAAGAAAAUGAAAUCCAUCUUAAAUUAGUAAAAUAAGAAGAAUUAAACAGUGAAAUAUCAAAUAAAUUAUAAGAGACUUAAAAAAGUUAUUUAAAUUUUGUCAAUAACUUGCUAAGUUUAAUUGGUGAUUCAAAUACUCAAAUUACUAUUGAAAAAUAUUUAAAGUCAGAUGCUUAGUAGCAAGCAGAGUUAGAAAAAUCAACACUUUAAAGCUAAGAAAAAAUUAUAUCAUUCUUUGAGAAAUUGAGCUAAUUUAAGUCAGAAAUUGAUGCUAUCCAGAAGCAGUCAAUCUGUUAAAGUUAAUCUAAUGUUGAAUGCAUCACAGAAAGUACACUCGAAGAAAUAGGUUAAUCAUUUUAUGCAGACCAAAUCCAAAAGCAGUUUUUAACAAAAACAAAAAUGAUGUUUAAUCAGAGAAUCGAAAAUAUUCGUAGAGUAAAAUUCAAUGUGGAAAGCAUGAAAAAAAUUUUUAGGAGUAAUGAUGGAGAAAUAUGCAAACAAUACGAUCUCUAUGGGAUUACAGCUGCAGAUUUUAUUUUCUUAAAACAAUAUAUUUAAGAGUUACUCAAUUUUAUGAAUUAAAUAAACCAAAAAACGACUCAAAGCAUUAAAUCAGAAUUUAUGGAAAGAUGUCUAGCUGAGAUCGAUUAACUUAAAGUCUCGAGUGAAUUUAAAAUUUUGAUAGAAUUUUUAAAGUAGUCAAUUAUACUUAAAAUAACUAUAAAAUCUUAUUGUUGA